GGCGGUGAGGUAAUCGGGUAAACAGAAAAGAUGGCGGCGUGUGUCGCCGGAGAGAGGUUGUCGAGCCCGACCGGGGCUGGUGGCGCAAAUCGCGACCGCCGCGGCGAGAAGUUGACGGAUUUGCCCACCGAAUUGUUGGAACACAUCUUGUGCUUGCCGGUGCUCGAGCACGUCGACAUUUGUAAUGUGUCCUGCUGCUGCCUGCGCCUGCGCGACCUUUGCCACGGCCCAGGGAAGGUGUGGGGGCACCAGUACAAACUCAGAUGGCCGCGGCUGCAGAGGUUUUACCCGCAGAAUGAGAGCUGCGACUGGCUGCGCGAGUACAAAACGCGCCACCGGGUGGGCGUCCAAAUCCGGAGGACGGUGGAGUCCAUCUCCAAACGCUUCUUCAUGGAAGUGCCAUGCAUCGGCCAGGUGCUGGGCGACAGCUUCGCUGAGAUCGAGUCGCUAGGGAUGCCUGAGCAUUUCUGCGAGGAUGAGCUGCUCUUCAUUCUUCACACCGAUAGGAGGAAAAGCCUGACAUUGAAGUAUUAUGCAAAGAAGAUCCUUUACUUCCUGAGACAGCAGAACAUCCUGCGCAGUCUCAAAAGCUUCCUGGAGCAGCCGCCCGAGCAGCAGUCGGCACUCGCAGGUGCCAUCCUGGUGGACCAGUACUGCAACCCGCUGACCGAAGUCACGCUGGACGGAAUAUCGGCGCAGCUAGACGACGUUGCGGGGAUGGUCAAGAAGACGCUGCGGGCGAAGAAUCCGUCCCACCCCAGCCUUCGCGUGGCUCCAGGCGGGGAGCGUCUCCUGCUGGAGGACUUUGAGCUCCAGCGGCAGGUGUUCUGUGCCCUGAACGCCGUCUUGUACGACCAACUGCAGUACAAGGGUGACCAGUUAGACUACUACAACCCCCUCAACUCCUACAUCCACCAGGUGCUGCUCCGCCGCAAGGGCAUCCCCAUAAGCCUCUCGGUGCUCUACAUGACACUGGCCCAGAGGUUGGGCGUCAAGCUAGAGCCGGUCAACUUCCCCAGCCACUUCCUGCUGCGUUGGUGCCAAAAAGCACAAGGGAGCGACGACAUCUAUGACUACGUGUACAUCGACGCUUUCGGCAAAGGCAAGCAGAUGACAGCCAAAGAGUGCGAGUACCUCAUCGGGCACCAGGCCAGCGCCGACUACUACGGCGGCAUCGCCACCACUGAGGUGCUGCUCAGGAUGGUGGGAAACCUGCUCAACAUCGGGAAACGAGGGGAAGGCAACGAGAAGUCUUACCAGCUCCUGAGGGACACGCUGGACCUUUUCCUCACCAUCAACCCAGACAACGUCCCAUAUCUUCUGCUGCAGGCCAGACUCUACUUCCACCUCGGCAUCUGGCCCGAGAAGGUUCUGGACAUCCUGCAGCACAUCCAGGCGUUGGACCCGUCCCAGCACGGCGCGGUGGGCUACCUGGUGCAACACACGCUGGAGCACAUCCAGCACAAGAAGCACCCCACCGCACCCGAGGUGAAGCGGCGCGCGACGGCCGACCACGGGGACGUCCGCUACUCCGUGGGCCUCGUCAUGAAACACAAGAGGUCGGGUUACAACUGCGUCAUCUAUGGCUGGGACCCCAAGUGCACCAUGAGCCAGGAGUGGAUCACCACCAUGAGGGUCCACCAGCUCCCAGAUGGCGCCGAGCAGCCCUUCUACAAUGUCCUGGUGCAGGACGGCACCUGCCGAUAUGCCGCGCAAGGUGAACGAGAACCUGGAGCCCCACUCGGACCCUCUGGAGAUCGGGCACCCCGAGGUGGGCCGCUACUUCUGCGAGUUUGCCCGCACGCACUACGUGGCCAACGACGAGCUGAGGACGCUCUACCCCGAUGACUCGGACCACACGGAGGAGGAGGCACGCGACCUCUACCCACACGUGCGCCCGCCCACGCCCAUGUAGCCACAUUUCCCAUCAAGUCACAUCUAACAUGAAAAAGAAAACACAUGGAGAUAAACAUUGAUUGGCCACUUCAUUAGGUACACCUGCACAGACUAAUUACAUCAAGUCCCAUGCAAAAAGUCAUUUGUGCUAAAUAAGGCCACCAGAAUAUUAGGAACAGCAACCAACAACCACCGUAAUUGUUAAUAUUAAAGAUAAAUGUCGUGUA